GUGACGCACUGUGAAUACUAAUUUCCGGAUGCACAGCAUCUAAUAAUGUGUCCCUCACUGGAUGAGGGUCCUACGGUUGGCCUCCAGGCUGCGUUGCAGCUCGUCCAGGAUGUGGGCGCACUGUUCCAGCUGGGGCGCCUCCCCGUCAGGGAAGGGCAUGUGGUGCACGCACAGACCCUUCUGCUGGUAGACCUCCAGAAGCGAGGGCACGCGGUACUUAGACAGCUCGCCUCGCGUGCACAGCACAAACACGUCCUGCACGCCCUGGUUGUGCAGUUCCUCUGCGCACACACACACACACACACACACACACACAGACGAGUGGUUCUCAACACAAAGUAGCACCUAAAUAAAUCAUCAUGACCAACUUUAAAAUACAGCAGUGUAGUAGCCACAGGUGUUCAGCAAAAACAAGGCACAUUUUAGUCCUAAAAGGUAUAUUUGCUAUUAUUGUGAGCUACUAACUUUGUUCUGUUUGAACAUUAAUACUGCAGUUACUGUAGGAAGCUGUAUUUAAAGGGGAACUACCCUCCCCCGCCCCCAAGAAAUUUUUAAGGCAAGAAUAUAUUGCAUGUGCCAGCGCUAGUCAAAACACGGUACUCUGAUCAAUAUUACAGUGACGAUAUGUAGCUCGUUGUUGCUGAUUGAGUGUGUGGGUUUUCUUCUCAGAAAAUAAAGCUGCAUAAUAAGCCGGAAGUGGGAAAUAACACACCACGGUCUCGCAAAUUGCGAAAAUGAAAAACCUAAAAAUGGCGGCCUGCAUCGUGAGUACAUGAAGGAAGAUGCGAUGUUUUAAAUUUUUUUUAGAAUAAAUACUUGGUGGAUUUAGGUAAACAGCAGCUGAUAAAGAUAUGUUGUUAAAUUAUAAACAUUUGACAUUUUGGGUUUAGGGCCCCUUUAAAUAAUGAUUCCAUUAAAAUGUAUUGCACGUCAAUGUAAAAAAAAUUGGACCCACAUACAGUAAAUCAUUUAUGCGAGUCAAAACAUUUAAGAAGAAACAGUUGUAAAAAAGAUUCAAUGCAAUUGUGCUUAAGUGUUAAAUACAAUUGAACUGUAGUUAAUAAAUUCAAAAGUUUAAGCCAUCGGAACAGUAUGCACACUUUAAACGUUUAAUUCAGUGAUUCUUUUGUGUACCACGAGGAGGCACCUGACUCCCACAACCGCACUUUAAGAAUAAACAUCUGUGUAUGAUACUAUUACAGUAUCUGUUUUUAUUUGGAGAGGCUAGUACCGGUAAGUAGUGUCUAAAUCGUAUGAAAGCAGCGUGGCCUCACCAACGUCUUUGUGCAGACUCCUGCGGAUAUCUUUGUAUCUGCAACCUGAACAAACGCACACGUGUCACUUCACUGCAGUCAUCACUAGUAGUCACAUGUCGUCCUAUGCGCGCGCACGCAGUUUGUACUGCGUUCACAAUGAAUGAACAUGUCGACCCCUUUAUACCUGGAAGGGAACAGAUGCCCACGAACUGGGACGAACCCACUUCAGACAAAGGAACCCUGAAACGCAAAACUAUAGUCAUCAACCAUCAUCCAUCAGACGUAGCGGAACCAGAAUCAAACAAUAGGAGGAAGACAAAUAAUUCUAAGGGAAAUAAGAAGACAAUAAUAAACGGAAUAUAUGAAUAAAACUUUAAAAAUGAAAUUAGAAAAAUGAGAAAAGAAACUAAAUAGGAAUAAAACCAAGAAUAGUAAGCGUAAAACAGAAUCAAAAUUUGACCGGAAAAGAAAGUGAAGAAACAAAAUUGGGAAAAUAAAAAGAAAAUUAUACCUAGGAAAAAUGAUUUUAGAAAACAAAAUGAUUAUAAAAAUAAAUAAAAUGACAAGAACAACAACAUUGAAAAAUUAGUCAAGCAAAGAAUAAGAAAAUAAGGAGAAUAGGAAGCAGGAGGUGAAGAAGACGAAAAAGAAAGUAAAGAAGAAAUGUUCUAGGCACACCAGGAAAUGUCAAAAGGAGUGCCCUCUUCCUCACAGACGUCAUCAUCAUCAGAUGAGGAGUCGAACUGGCCGCUCCUCAUGUCUUCAGAAAUACUGCAAGACAGCUGCGUAUUUAUUAUUCACUGUGUGCGUCACUGUCGCCAGUAGCAGUAGCGCUGCUGUCGGUUUAUUUAUUUGUAUUAUUAUUAUUUAUUACACUGCAUGUUUAUUUCAUUUAAGCCGUAACUACAACUAAUAUGACAGUUUGUGAGUUACUUGUUAGGGGGCGGAAUUAGCGAUGGGUUCUCAUACUAAAGUGAAACAAAUUAAUAAGCGUCUUGACUGGUUAAUUCGAACAAAAACACAAGAUAGAACAUCAUUUGUUUUUCGAAAUGCUAACGUUAGCCACAUCGCUUGACGGCGAGCACACCCACGCAAAACCUUGCAGAAAAUAAAAUCUCUAUCGACGCGCAUGCAUCGAAGACACACUCUUAGGGUUAUGUGGUGUAAAAUGUAAAGAGAAUAUAUGGUAACUGUGUCUAAAUGUUCUCACCAGGCACGCGCUCCAAAUGUUUUGACAGCCGCGUCGUCGUCGUCAGCUGUUCCGGCGAUUUGAAAAGUGCGUGAACGCAGCAGCCAAUCAGAACGAGGAGAGCCCAAUUAGCCACGCCUUUUCCAGGAAGCACGAACGCUAACGUCAGGCAUGAUCACACACGUUAAAUUAGAAAGGCGGCUGCUUUAAAAUGACCGGCGGGGAAGAAACGAUGGAAAUUAAAUAUAACAACAAUAAUGCUAAUAACAUUUGUAUGUUUUGUAUUGUUUCAUUAGAUAUAUAAUGUAAUUCAAGUAUAUCUACAUACAUCUACCCUGAAUGAAAUAUCAAUAAUACAUUUUGUUUCUCGCAAAAUUUUAUCCAUAAAAACGUUCAAGUUUAUUGUAGUGGAUUCCUUCAUGGUGACGUCACGAUGGACAUCUGCUGCCCACAGAGUGCUGAGCAAACACUUUGAGCUUGCGUAACACCUUUGUUAGACCAGCGGAGAAAAAGGAAUACAAAGGAGCAUCUUUACGGGUGCAUAAGGAAAAAGGAUAUAUGAAGGUUUUUUUUUAAGACGCGCAGGAGGGGGGAAAAGAGAAUAUAAUGGAGUAUUUUUAGAAGUGCAGGAGGAAAAAAGGGGACCAUUUUUAGAGGUUGAAGUGGGGAAAAGGAAUAUAAGGGAGUAUUUUUAGAGGUACAGGAGGAAAAAGUAAUAUCAAGGAAGGUUUUCACAGGUUCAGAAGGAAAAACAGGAAUAUAAAGGAGUAUGUUUAAAGCUGCCGUACGGGGGGGAAUAUAAAGGAGUAUUUUUAAAGGUAAGGUACAGGAGGAAAGAGAGUGAAAUAAGGAAUAUAGAGGAUGAUUUUUUUUUAAAGAGGUGUAGGAAAAUAGAGAAUAUCAAGAAGUAUUUUACAGGUGCCAUAGGGAAAAAAAUAUCAAGGAGCGUCUUUUGAAAGGACUUUAACUGAGGUAAGUUAUGCUUUUAGCUUUUAAACCCCAUCUUUGACUUGAUGUAAUUCCCCAUUUUUUUCAUAUGAAAUGAGGUGCAUAAAAAUGUCCCCUGAGAAGAAUUUCUUUGGUGGUUUUGUUGUUUAUUUGUAACACGUGCGGCGUGUUUUCAUGUGCCUUAAUGUUCAGCAGACUGCAAGCGGGCUGACCUCCUGCAGGGCAUGCAGGCCGCCCAGCUCUUUGGCGGGCCUUGUCACUUCCUGGAGCAGAGGGGCCGCCGGCGGGGGGGCCCCCACCUCAGCAAAAACAGGUCAUGAAGCCUCAGGAGGCGGAGCUCGUCACGGAAAUCUCCAAGCUGCAGUGCAUGGUCUCGGAGCUGAAGAUGGGCUUCACGGGCGCCCUGCUCGAGCUGGCCCAGAUCCAGCACGGAGACUCGGUCCUGCGUGACGAGCUGGAGGAGAACCGGCGUCGCUGUCGGGAGAAAGCGCGGUGCUUGGAGGUCCUGGUGGAGUCCCUCAGGGAGGAGCUGGGCGUGAUGCGGUGUCAGGUGCUGGCGCUGCGCAGUGACGUACAGCGCCACCAGCAGGACGCAAAGAGCACUGCGGCCACACACACCGAAACUGAUCCUGCGGAGGCGUGCCGCGGAAAAGUCCUGCUGCAUUGUUUCCUGCAGGGCCUCAAAGCUGGACUCACCGAAGGAACAGGUCACAUCGAACAACUCUCACAUUUACCGCCAUUUCGUUUGGGUUACAUUGUGUGUCACUUCACAUCUUCACAUUUAUUUUUCCCCCCUCCCCAUGUGGCCAUACAAGUUCUAUAUCAGACAAAAAGUGAGUGGCGCACUCACGAAUGUUUGUCGAACACAGACGCGCGGCAACAGGUCGCGCUGCGGCUGCUCCAUUCUGAGUGGGAAUACGUGUGCACUUUGAACCAACUCCACGCCAAAUAUAAGACGACAACACCCAGUCGGCACAUGACCACCGAACCUCGCGAGACGUUCGCGUCGUUCGUGGAGCGGCUGCUGCGGCGCCACUUGCUGUUCAGGAACACCCUGCAGGAGCGACUGUCCGCCCAGCAGUGGAAGUGCCUGGUGGGAGAUGUUCUGGUGAGGCUCGUCGGACAGAACGACGUAAGCGUGCGCCGCGGCGGAGGUCCCGAACGCCCCCGAGCGUCACUCGAGCAAAAGUUGUGUUUGCAGACGUCUUUCGCGGACGCGUACGUGGGCUACACCGGCGCGCUGGCCUCCUUCCUCUCGCUGGAGGUCCACAAGUCGGAUGCUCAUGAGGAGAAGCAGGGCGGCCAAGCGGAGAAGGGGGAGGAGCAAAUCCAAGUGCUGUCGCUCCUCCUGGCGCCCGUCUCUCGCGUCCACUGCUACCUGAGUCACAUCCAGAACCUGCUGCAGUGGACGGGCAAAGAGCAUCCGGACUGCAGCCUCCUGCUGGGCACCGAGCGAACGCUCAGGGACAUUUUAUCGCGAUGUCAUGUCAUCCUGGAGGAGGACGUCCGCUGGGACCGCGGGGAAGGACCGCGGCGGCGGAGUUUGGCAGACGCGGUGGCCGGCGGCUCGUCCGCUAACAGCGCCCCUCAGAGGACCGAGCGGGAUUUUGCGGCACCGAGAGAGAGCCAGCGUGUGUCGGGCCUGACAAACGGGUCCGGAGAGGACCGCACCAUGCGCGUGGAGUGCUGGUCCCGCAGUCCGGUGAGACGGCAGAGCCGUCGGCGCGCACCCGCCCGCGGCGGCCUACUCGCGCCGGAGCCUGCGGGCCGCUGGGCGGAAGACGGCGACUCGGGCCCCGAGGAGCGGCGGGGGGAUCCGGAUGACACGUCCGCUUUCGACGACUCCUCGGUGACCUCUCGCGGGGGAGAUGAGGAGGAGGAGGAGGAGGAGGAGGAGGAGGAGGAAGAGGACAGUCAGGUUCCGGUCCUGCUCAAGCCUUCCUCCCAACAACGUUCGGAGAGGAGCGUCUGCCUCCGCUGGCAGAUUCCCAGACGGACCCCCCACCCUCCUCUGAGGAUUCCCGCCAACACGCUGACUCCUGCCAGCUCGCGCGGCAAAAGGCUGGUCACCGUCAGGACGGGAUCGCCGCCGUUGAGAGCCAAGAGCGCCUUUAGGCCCAUCUGGGACAACCCCACAAAGCAGGCUCAAGUGUCUCCAGAGAAGGAGCACAGAGGCUUCGUGCCGGUCCAGACCGCCACCGGGCCAAACUUUGUCACUUUGCAAGAACACCUGAGAGCGGGACAAGGACCGGGACUCGGCCUGGGACAAGGUCUGGUCCGGCCUCCGCCGCCUAGCCUCUCUUUGGCGCCGCCCAGCGGACAAUUGUGGGAGGACAGCGAAGACAGCGAGGGACCUUGCAGCACCGUUUGACAGCUUCUCCAACGUUUUGGGUCCAGAGACCACUUAAAAGGAGAAAUGUUUCCAAGGACCACCUCAUAAUCGUAAUGUCAAUUAAAAUAUAACUACAGUAUGUGUACCUUUACAUUCCAAAGAAGUUGAAGUUAGCUCUUCUUGAGACAAAAAGUUGUGAUGUGACAUAAAAUCUUUUUGUUGUAACAAAAAUUAGACGGCAUGAUUAUUGCACAGGUGUGCCUCAGGCUGCACACAAUAAAAGGCCAAUUUCUAAAACGUGCAAUUUUGAAAAAUGGGAGCAAAACAAAAGGGUUGUUUAUAUUUCAUCAUCCAUCCAUCCAUUCAUCUUCUACCGCUUAUCCGGAUCUCCCGUUCCAUUCUUCCCUCACUCGUGAACAAGAACCCAAGUAUCUUGGACUCCUCCACUUGGGGCAGGAUCUCAUCCCCGACCCGGAGAGGGCACGCCACCCUUUUCCGACCGAGGACCACGGCCUCAGAUUUGGAGGUGACGUCGGAUGGUGGACCAGAAUUUCCUCGAAGCCGUCCGGAAGUCUUUCUCCAUGGCCUCACCGAACUCCUCCCAUACCCGAGUUUUUGCUUCAGCGACCACCAGAGCUGCAUUGCGCUUGGCCAGCCGGUACCCAUCAGGUGCCUCAGGAGUCCCACAGGCCAAAAAGGCCCAACAGGACUCCUUCUUCAGCUUGACGGCAUCCCUCACCGUUGGUGUC